CAGGCUGAGUAACCCUCCCGGCAUCCUUUAUUUCUUUGCUGUUAUCUCCUCUAACACUUCAUAACAGAAUGGGAGACGCCCAGAUGGCAGAGUUCGGAGCGGCUGCCCCUUACCUCCGGAAGUCGGACAAGGAGCGUCUGGAAGCGCAAACCCGUCCGUUUGACCUCCGCACGGAGUGUUUUGUGCCCGACGAGAAAGAAGAGUUCGUCAAGGGCAAGGUGACCAGUCGAGAAGGCGGCAUGGUCACCGUGCAAACCGAGAAUGGCAAGACAGUGACGGUGAAAGAGGCCGAUGUCCAUCAACAGAAUCCACCCAAAUUCGACAAGAUUGAGGACAUGGCUAUGCUGACGUUUCUCCACGAACCCGCCGUUCUUUAUAAUCUGAAGGAACGCUACGCGUCGUGGAUGAUCUAUACAUAUUCCGGGCUCUUUUGUGUGACCGUUAACCCUUACAAAUGGCUGCCGGUCUACAACGCUGAGGUCGUCGCCGCCUAUCGGGGGAAGAAGCGAAGCGAAGCCCCGCCCCACAUCUUCUCCAUCUCUGACAACGCGUACCAAUACAUGUUGACAGAUCGAGAAAACCAGUCUGUCCUCAUCACCGGAGAAUCCGGUGCAGGAAAGACGGUGAACACCAAACGGGUGAUCCAAUAUUUUGCCAGCAUAGCGGCUAUCGGGGAUCGCAAGAAAGAGUCAGCCAACACGAGCAAGGGGACUCUGGAAGAUCAAAUCAUCCAAGCCAACCCUGCCCUGGAGGCUUUUGGCAACGCCAAAACUUUGCGGAACGACAACUCGUCCCGAUUUAGUGCUUUUGACGUUCUGGGUUUCACCCCAGAAGAGAAAGUCGGGGUGUACAAGCUGACCGGCGCCAUCAUGCACUAUGGAAACAUGAAGUUCAAGCAAAAGCAAAGAGAGGAACAGGCUGAGCCAGAUGGGACCGAAGAUGCAGACAAAUCUGCCUACUUGAUGGGUCUCAACUCAGCAGAUCUCGUUAAGGGUCUUUGCCACCCACGGGUGAAGGUCGGCAACGAAUACGUCACCAAGGGGCAAAAUGUCCAACAGGUGUACUAUUCUAUAGGGGCACUGGCUAAAUCCGUGUAUGAGAAGAUGUUCAGCUGGAUGGUGGUCCGAAUCAACAACUCCCUGGAGACCAAGCAGCCCCGGCAGUAUUUCAUCGGCGUCCUGGACAUCGCAGGAUUUGAAAUCUUUGAUUUCAACAGCUUUGAGCAGCUCUGCAUCAACUUCACCAACGAGAAGCUGCAGCAGUUCUUCAACCACCACAUGUUCGUCCUGGAGCAGGAAGAGUACAAGAAGGAAGGCAUCGAGUGGGUGUUCAUUGACUUUGGGAUGGACCUGCAGGCCUGCAUCGACCUCAUCGAGAAGCCGCUGGGCAUCAUGUCCAUCUUGGAGGAAGAAUGCAUGUUCCCGAAAGCGACGGACAUGACCUUCAAGGCCAAGCUGUAUGACAACCACUUGGGCAAAUCCAAUAAUUUUGGGAAGCCCCGGAAUGUGAAGGGCAAGCCGGAGGCCCACUUUUCCCUGAUUCAUUAUGCCGGCACGGUGGACUACAACAUUAUAGGCUGGCUGGAGAAGAACAAGGAUCCUCUCAACGAGACCGUGGUGGGCUUGUACCAGAAAUCGUCCCUCAAGCUUCUGGCUACGCUUUUCUCCAGCUAUUCCGGCACCGAGGCUGGUGGAGACGGAGGCAAGGGGAAAGGAUCCAAGAAGAAAGGGUCGUCAUUCCAAACGGUUUCUGCACUACAUCGAGAGAACCUGAACAAGCUGAUGGCCAAUCUCAAGACCACCCACCCUCAUUUUGUCCGGUGCAUCAUUCCCAACGAACGGAAAGCCCCAGGUGUGAUGGACAACCCCUUGGUCAUGCACCAGCUACGAUGCAAUGGGGUUCUGGAAGGGAUCCGGAUCUGCCGGAAAGGAUUCCCCAACCGGAUCCUCUAUGGGGACUUCAGACAAAGGUACCGCAUCUUGAAUCCAGCUUCCAUCCCCGAGGGCCAGUUUAUUGACAGCCGGAAGGGAGCCGAGAAGCUUCUGGGUUCACUGGACAUCGACCACAACCAGUACAAAUUCGGGCACACCAAGGUUUUUUUCAAGGCUGGCUUGCUGGGCCAGUUGGAAGAAAUGCGUGAUGAGCGUCUCGCCCGCAUCAUCACGCGUAUCCAAGCACGAGCCCGGGGUCAGCUCAUGCGCAUUGAGUUUAAGAAGAUUCUAGAGCGCAGGGACGCCCUGCUUGUGAUUCAGUGGAACAUCCGUGCUUUCAUGGGGGUUAAGAACUGGCCUUGGAUGAAGCUGUUCUUCAAGAUCAAGCCUCUGCUCAAAAGCGCCGAGACGGAGAAGGAGAUGCAGAACAUGAAGGAAGAAUUUGAGAGGCUGAAAGAAGCGCUGGAAAAAUCAGAAACACGGAGGAAAGAGCUGGAGGAGAAGAUGGUGUCCCUCCUUCAGGAGAAAAACGACCUGCAGUUACAGGUUCAGGCUGAACAAGAUAACUUGAACGACGCCGAGGAACGUUGCGACCAGCUGAUCAAGAACAAAAUCCAGCUGGAGGCCAAAGUGAAGGAGCUGACGGAACGGAUCGAGGACGAGGAGGAGAUGAACGCCGAGCUGACCGCCAAGAAGCGGAAGCUGGAGGACGAGUGCUCGGAGCUGAAGAAGGAUAUCGACGAUCUGGAGCUGACCCUGGCCAAGGUGGAGAAGGAGAAGCACGCCACGGAGAACAAGGUGAAAAAUCUCACAGAGGAGAUGGCUGCUCUGGAUGAGACCAUCGCCAAGUUGACCAAGGAGAAGAAAUCCUUGCAGGAGGCUCAUCAGCAGGCUCUGGAUGACCUUCAGGUGGAAGAAGACAAGGUCAACACCCUCACCAAGGCCAAACUGAAGCUGGAACAGCAGGCGGAUGAUUUGGAAGGCUCCCUGGAACAGGAGAGGAAGAUCCGGAUGGAUCUGGAGCGGGCCAAGAGGAAGCUCGAGGGGGAUUUGAAGCUGAUGCAGGAGAACAUCAUGGAUUUGGAGAACGACAAGCAACAACUGGAAGAGAAACUCAAAAAGAAGGAGUUUGACAUCAACCAGCAGAACGGCAAGAUUGAAGACGAGCAGGCCUUGGCCGCACAGCUGCAGAAGAAACUGAAGGAGCUGCAGGCACGGAUCGAAGAGUUGGAAGAGGAGCUGGAAGCGGAAAGGAUUCCACUGGUAGGUAGAAGUGGAAAGCAGCAAGGAAAAGGCAGUGGGGUACAGUGGCAAGAGCUUUUGUCUCAGAAGAAGGAAAUCUCGGUUGAAGCUGAGCUGGAGAAGGAGAAGAGCGAGCUGAAGCUGGAAGUGGACGACAUCACCUCCAACAUGGAGCAGUUGCUGAAAGCUAAGGUGAAUUUGGAGAAGAUGUGCCGGACCUUCGAGGAUCAAUCCGCAGACUACCGGGCCAAGCUCGAGGAGACCCAGCGGACCCUCAACGACACCAACACGCAACGAGCAAAGCUGCAGACCGAGAACGGAGAACUCGCCCGUCAGUUGGAAGAGAAAGAGGCCUUGGUUUCCCAACUGACUCGGGGCAAACAGUCCUACAACCAGCAGAUGGAAGACCUGAAGAGGCAAUUAGAAGAGGAAGCCAAGGCCAAGAACGCCUUGGCGCAUGCGCUCCAGUCGGCCCGCCAUGACUGCGACCUGCUGAGGGAACAGUACGAGGAGGAGUCUGAGGCGAAAGCGGAGCUCCAGCGCUUGCUGUCCAAGGCCAACUCCGAGGUGGCGCAGUGGAGAACCAAGUACGAGACCGACGCCAUCCAGAGGACUGAGGAACUGGAGGAAGCCAAGAAGAAGCUGGCACAGCGGCUACAGGACGCGGAGGAGGCGGUGGAGGCCGUGAACGCCAAGUGCUCCUCGCUGGAGAAGACCAAGCACCGCCUGCAGAACGAGAUUGAAGACCUCAUGGUGGACGUGGAGCGUUCCAACGCGGCGGCCGCUGCCCUAGAUAAGAAGCAGAGGAACUUUGACAAAAUCCUCGCCGAGUGGAAACAGAAGUUUGAGGAAUCCCAGGCAGAGCUGGAGGCGUCCCAGAAGGAGACCCGCUCUCUCAGCACCGAGCUCUUCAAGCUGAAGAACGCCUACGAGGAGUCUCUGGAGCAGCUGGACACCUUGCGGAGGGAAAACAAGAACCUGCAGGAGGAGAUCUCCGACCUCACGGAGCAACUGGGCGAAGGCGCCAAGAGCAUGCAUGAGCUGGAGAAGGUGCGGAAGCAGCUAGAAGCCGAGAAAAUGGAGUUGCAGGCAGCGCUGGAAGAGGCCGAGGCCUCCCUGGAACACGAGGAAGGCAAGAUCCUCCGAGCUCAGCUGGAGUUCAACCAGAUCAAGGCCGACAUUGAGCGCAAAUUAACCGAAAAGGAUGAAGAGAUGGAACAGGCCAAGCGCAACCACAUGAGGACGGUGGACUCGCUUCAGGCUUCUCUGGAUGCCGAGACCCGGAGUCGGAACGAGGCAAUGAGGGUGAAGAAGAAGAUGGAGGGCGAUCUCAACGAGAUGGAGAUCCAGCUGAGCCAAGCUAAUCGGGUGGCAUCGGAGGCCCAGAAACACCUCAAAAUCACUCAGGCCCACCUCAAGGACAGCCAGAUCCAACUGGACGACCUCCUACGAGCCAACGAGGACCUGAAGGAGAACAUCGCCAUCGUGGAGAGAAGGAACGCUUUGUUGCAGGCUGAGCUGGAGGAGUUGCGGAGCGUGGUGGAGCAGACGGAGCGUGGCCGGAAACUGGCCGAACAGGAGUUGAUCGAGGCCAGCGAACGGGUUCAGCUUCUUCACUCCCAGAACACCAGCCUCAUCAACCAAAAGAAGAAGAUGGAGUCCGAUCUGUCCCAGCUUCAGUCGGAGGUGGACGAAGCGGUGCAGGAGUGCAGGAAUGCGGAGGAGAAGGCCAAGAAAGCCAUCACAGAUGCGGCCAUGAUGGCAGAGGAGCUGAAGAAGGAGCAGGACACCAGCGCCCACCUGGAGCGCAUGAAGAAGAACAUGGAGCAGACCAUCAAGGACCUGCAGCUGCGGCUGGACGAGGCCGAGCAGCUGGCCCUGAAGGGGGGCAAGAAGCAACUCCAGAAACUGGAGGCCCGUGUACGGGAGUUGGAGAACGAGCUGGAGGCCGAGCAGAAGCGCAACGCCGAGAAUGUCAAAGGCAUGCGCAAGUACGAGCGGCGCAUCAAGGAGCUGACCUACCAGACUGAGGAGGAUAAGAAAAACUUGCUGAGACUCCAAGACCUGGUGGACAAGUUGCAGCUGAAGGUCAAAGCCUAUAAGAGACAGGCAGAGGAAGCGGAAGAGCAAGCCAACACCAACCUGGCCAAGUUCCGGAAGGUUCAGCAUGAGCUGGAUGAAGCCGAGGAGCGAGCAGACAUUGCUGAGUCCCAGGUCAACAAGUUGAAGGCCAAGAGCCGUGAUGUGGGAGGAAAGAAACUUCAUGACGAAGAGUGAGGAGUUUGGGCGAUCGUCGGCUGAACGAAAGCGGCGCUGAGCUGCCGGCCUCUUUGAAUCCACUGUAGCAUAGUCUGAUUAAUAAAGUUGAACCGCAAAUCUAACGAUCUCCUAUUGACUGCCCGUACCAUGAAAUCCCCUUUUCCACCAGAAAAAGCAGGGUUUGUCACGACUUUCUCAGAGGUCGAUACUCAACAGGUACAGAUUUCCAAGCUGCCCUAACUU